GCGAGUCUCCCGAAGCCGAAAAGACCAUAAAUAAGAUUUCGGAUAAUAAACGAAAACAUCGGAUACGUUUAAGAAUAUAAAACAACCAACAUAACAUUCAUUAAGUGAAAUGAUCCCUCACAUAUAUGACGCAUUGAUUUGAUACGUACUGUCAGUUGGCAUGUGAAGAGAGUGGAGUGGCUAAUCUCUACAGAGAAACCCUUCCUUAACCAACAAGACAAGAGUGACAACUCAACUUUCACCCCAAACACACAGUUUCAUCUUCACUCGUUUAGCAUCUGUCAGGUGGUGUGUGUGUGUUGGGGUCAUGUGGAUGAAGGCCGUGCUGGUGGGGUUGUUGGCGUUGGGGAUGGGCUAUCUGUACCACACAGAUCCAGAAAUACCGACCCGUGUGCUGAAUUACGUCAGCGAAUCCCUGCCGCAGAUGCAGCUGAGCGGUGGUCCCGAGCCCCGCCCACCAGCUCUGGAAGAGGUCAUCGCACGCGGCUGGCAGACGCUGAUCGCGGCUCCGUCCCGCCGCUGGAAGAAAGUGGCUGUGGGGGUGAACGCUUGUGUAGACGUGGUGGUCUCUGGGGUGGGACUGCUGCAGGCUUUAGCUUUGGAACCGACUUCUGGAAGAGAUCAUGAGGUUCUUCACAGCAAAGAGGACCUGAAAGACGCCUUCAUCCACUACUUGGGGAAGGGCGCUGCCGCAGAGCGCUUCUUCUCAGAUAAAGAGGUUUUUCAUCGGAUCGCGCGGGCGGCUGCAGAAUAUCCUGGUGCUCAGAUUUAUGUGGGAGGAAACGCUGCUCUUAUUGCUCAGAAACUGGCAUCAAACCCUCAUCUGGUGGUCCUGUUGUGUGGUCCAGUGGGGCCUAAACUUCAUGAACUGUUGGAUGAGCAGAUUGUGGUUCCUCCAGAAUCUCUUCAGGAGACGGACGAGUAUCAUCUCAUCCUGGAGUAUAAGUCAGGUGAACAGUGGGGUUCAUCACGAGCCCCUCAGGCUAACCGCUUCAUUCUGUCUCAUGACAUCUCUAAUGGAGAAAUGAGAGCUCUGGAGACAUUUUUAUCCAGUCUGGAAGAGUUUAAUCCUGAUCUAGUGGUUCUGUCUGGUCUGCAUAUGAUGGAAGGAAUGGGUCGAGAUCUCUGGGAAAAACGCCUGAAAGAGGCGGUGGACGUGAUCUCAGACGUCAGGAAUGAGGUGCCCAUCCACCUGGAGUUGGCCAGUAUGACAGACCGAGAUUACAUGAACCAAAUUCUGCUGGAGCAGGUCAUGCCCAUUGUGAACUCCAUCGGUCUGAACGAACAGGAGCUGUUGUUUUUGACUCAGUCCGGAGGCGGUCCUCACGCUGACCUCACCUCCUGGGACGGGAUUCCGGACGUGGGCCGCGUCAGCGACAUCCUGCUGUGGGUCCUGGAGCGACACGGUCGGGUGGACCUGGAAUCUGAGGCCGAUCUGACCAGGAUUCACUUCCACACGCUUGCGUAUCACGUGUUGGUGACGGUGGACGGUCACUGGGCCAAUCAGGUGUCGGCGGUGGCUGCGGGUGCUCGCGUGGCCAGCGCUCAAGCCUGCGCUCUACAGACGGUGGACGUGUCUAAAGUCGUCCUCAAAGCUCCCUUACACUUCUACAGCUCUUUCAAAGAACCCAGAGAACAUCUGAUGGUGGACCCGUCAAGCCCGGUGACCGUGUGGCGCAGAGGGAACGUCUCCUUCCAUCUCACGCCAGUCCUGGUGUGCAAACAGCCGCUGAGGACUGUGGGAUUGGGAGACGCCAUAUCUGCGGAGGGGCUUCUGUUCUCAGAGGCUCUUCUGUGAGACAUCUGUGUGUGAGGUCACGUCUGGAAGAAACCUUCUCGCUGUUAGAUCUUCAUCCUGACUGGAGCGGAUUGAAGAAACAGACUCACAAAUGAAAACUGGAGUGGAGAAACGACUCUCUCUCUCUCGUCCCCUCUCUCUCCCUUCCUCUCUCGUCCCCUCUCUCUCUCUCCCUCACUCUCUCUCGCUCACACUCGUCCUGGAGACUUUGUUGUCAGGACGUUUCUCUGAAGCUUUUAUUGUGAAAGACUGCACUGAACGUUAGUCAGGCAAACUCCACCUGAUUUAUUAUUUCUCUUUUAUUCUGUAAAGCACAAAAGGAUGUAUUUUACAGCAACGUCCGGACCACUUUUAUUCCUAAUGAUGAGCUCCUGAACGGACAAAAGCAGAAGCUGGUUUUAUGUGGGAGUUUGAACUGAAGUGGAUUCGUUGUAUGGAUGUUGAUAAUAAGAUAGCAAACAUUCAACAUAAAUCUGAUUUGACAUAAUCAGAAUAUUAGUUAAUAAUGAUGUCAGACUAUAUGAAUCUAGAAUAUGAGUCUGGACACCAUUAUCUCAAGCUUUAGUGUUGCACAGAAAUCAUGUGUAGAUGACAAAAGAGUUGAUGUUCUUUAACAUGCGAUUCUACAGUCUUAAAAAUCUGAUGUCAGGAGUAGAAGAAAUCGGCUCUAUAAAAGCUGUUAACUGAUCUUCAGUUUCUUCAGUGGUGACAGAGUUCAUGUGUGUGUGUGUCUCAGACAUGAUCUGUGAUCAAAUGUGUUCAGUACUACAUCGGUCAGUUCACACAGAAACGUUAUCAUCGUCCGGUCAGUUUACAGUGAUGAUCUGACACUUUCUCCAGUGUUGAUCUGACACUUUCUCCAGUGUUAAUACUCAUCAGCUGUUUAGAUAUAUACACCUGUGUGUCACAAGUUUGUCGUCAUCGCGUCCGUCAUUGCUGUGAAAGGUUGAUGAUGCUCUGAACACAUAUUGAAUUUGAAAUGGUCAACAGUUGAGACGCACACAUGAUCUUAUUGUGUUAAAGGGUUUAUUGUGAUCAUGUUAUUUUAAUGACAUGGAUUUUUAUGAUCUUCAGGGUACUGGUGGUGAUAUUUCAUCAUGUGUAAAUAUCUGAAAAGCAUCGAUCUGUUUGCAUUGGACUGCUGAUGUAUGUUGUGAUUCAUUCAUACGUUCUGUCUGGUUUGGAACGUCAUACAGAAUGAAUUUGUCGGUGUGAUUACCUGUUUUUUCUUGCAGGUCAUUAAACUGUAACCCUGUUUUA